AUGUGCGGCUCCUGCCGGCCCCAGGCCGCCGGCGGGAGGCACGUUGCGGUGUUGCUGUUGGUCUUGCUCGCGCUGCGCACCAUCGAGGCGCGUACUUCCGGCACGAGGCUGCCCGUCAUCAUAAGCCUCGGCCGCACUCUACAGCCCCCAGAAGACCCGGCGGCAGCGCGGCGCGCCGCCCAGGAGGCUGCGAGCGCGCCGCUGUGCCAGUCGACGGCCAGCACAUCCGGCGCGGUGACGCUGUGGGGCCUGGACUACAUCGACCGCGGCAGCGUGCCGGGCUCCGCGAACGACGGGCGGUAUUGCUACGCGGCGACGGGGGCCGGCCAGGCGCUGUACGUGGUCGACACUGGGAUGCUGCUGACGCACGACGAGUUCAGGACGGCCGACGGCGCCGGCACGCGGGCCUCGCGGCUGUUCGAUGCGGUGCCGGCGGCGCAGGACGACGCGAACGGGCACGGGACGCAUGUGGGGUCGGUGGCCGCGGGGCGCACGGUGGGGGUGGCGAAGGACGCGGAGGUGUUUGAUUUGCGCGUGCUGGACGCGAACGGUCAGGGGUCGUUCGCGGCGGUGGUGAACGCGAUCGUCGUGGCCACGGAGCAUGCGGUGGCGCGCGGGCGGAGGGGCGUGAUCAACGUGUCGCUCACAGGGUACGUGGCGGGGGUCGCGCGCGCAGUCACGCUCGCGAUCAGCUACGCACACGACCUGGGCAUGCUGGUCGUGACCGCGGCGGGCAACCAGGGCAUGGACGCGGCGUUCCGGUGGCCCGCGCAGCUCCAGCGCGGCCUCGUCGUGGGCGCGCUCCAGUCCGACGGCGCGGGGGGGGUGUCUCGAGUCCCCAACUUCAACUUUGGGGCCACGCUCGACCUCUUUGCGCCCGGGUCGCGCAUCUACGCGGCGGAAGGCUCCGGACCCUCGGCGUACGGCCUGCGCACGGGCACGUCCAUGGCGGCGCCGUUCGUGGCCGGCGCCGCGGCGCUGGCGAUGCAGCGUCAGGGUGUGUCAGACGGUGAGGCGGCGGGGCGGACGGUGGUGCUGGCGAGCGCUGCGGGCGUCGUGGCGGAUCACGCGGCGCUCGACGCGCGCUGGACGGACCGCGCGCUGCAGGUCGCGGCGCUGCACGGCCCCGGGAUCGCGACCGACGUCACCGCAGUCGAUGUCUCGGGGGGGCCUGCGACGGUGCAGGUGUCGCUGUCAGGGGCUCGAGCGGCAGCAGUGACGGUGCACGUGGCUGUAUCGGACGACCUCACGCUCGCGGCGUCGCCGAGCACGCUGACGUUCCCGGCGGGCAACUCGACGACGCAGCAGAAGGUGACGCUGACCGUGGACCCGCGCGGGCUGUCCGCGCCGGUGGCGUUCCUCGACCUGCGCGCCGCGAGCAGCGACCCGACGUACGACGGCGCUGUCCGGGCCGUCGCCGUGCGCGCUCCGGCCUCGCCGAUCCGCGGGGACGAGCCUGAGGCGCCCGCCGUGUUGCCGUGGUCUUCUGUCGACUCCGCCGCGCCGUUGCUGACGCGUUUCGUGCUCGACGAGUGGCAGGCGAGCUCCUCCGCGACGCGCACGGACGCCCUGACGACCCCCGACUUCGCCGGGGACGUCCGUGCGGCCAAAGACAGGGACAUGGCAUGCGGCGCGACGGACAUGGCGGGCCCCGACCUGUGGUGGGCGUUCAACCUCGAGAACGGCUGCGGCGGCACAGACCGGUGCACGCUGGCGGUGGAGUUUUGCACGGGCGGCGCCCAGGGCACGUCUGUGGGCGCCGUGCUGUGGGACAUGGCCGCGAACGUCAACGUGACAGCCUGCGGGCUGGAAACGCGCUCCCAGGACCCUCUCGCGACGUGCGCGGUGGCGAGCACGAUCUCGUUCGAGGUCGUGGCGGGCCGGUGGUACGCCGUCCAGGCCGCGUUCGAGUUCACCGGACUGAUGCAGGUGUCGAUGACGACGUCGUUGUCGCCGUCGACCGCGAACCUCCGCACGAUGGCGGUCCCGCCGAACUCCGCGCCGCCGUGGACGGACGGGGCGUUCUCGCCCGCGCGCGUCGCGACGCCUGGCCCGACGCUGCCCAGCGGCGCCGUGGCGUGGCCCGCAAGCGUCGCCGGAGCGGUGCGCACCUUCUCCGCAGCGGUCGACGUGGACCUGCCGGGUAGUGCGCUCACGUCGGUGCAACGGGCGCAGGCGCUUGCUGCGACACGCGGCGCCGUGGCUCGCGCCGUCGGCGCUCAGGCCGCGGACGUCAGCGUUGCAGCGACGGCGGUGACGGCCACGCGCCGUCUCCAGGCGGUGCGUCUGUCGUUGACGGCGACCGUCCGGACCGCGGACGCGUCGAGCAGCGCGGCGGCAUCGCGCGCAAGCGCCGCGGCGGCCGCGCUGACCGGCAACGCCGCAGCGGUCGCGAGCGACAUUCGCGGCGCCCUGGCGAACAGCGGAGUCGCGGUCACCGCGGUGACGGUGUCGGGCGUCAGCGCACCGGUCGCGGAGGCCGCACCGGCGCAGAUCAACGACAGCCCGACUGCUGCGCCAGCGAGCCCGACGAGCAGCCCUGGGCAGGCCACGGGCGUCACCAGCGGCGCCCAGGCCACCAACGCACCCGCAAACACGGGCGGCGGCGCCCAGCCGACGUCGCCCGCGGCCACGCAGGCCCCUUCGGACGCCAGCAACGACGGCGGCGGCACCACGCGCGCUGGGACGGGCGGCGGCGGUGGCGGCGGCGCCGACGACUCGGGUGGCGGAAUCCUGGGGCUGGAUGGCGUCAUUCUGUACGCCGCCGCGGCUGGCGUCGGCGCCGUCGCCCUCGUCGCCGUAGCGCUCGUUAUCGUGCUCUCCGUGCGCAGCGCACGCAAGCGCAGGGCCGCCGGCGCGGCCCGCGAGCAGGCUGCGAAGGUGCCGAAGCCCGACGUCGGUGGUUCUGGCGGCGCCGACGUCGAGUCCGUCGCGGUCCCGACGCCGGUGCGGCCGGACCAGGGCCCUGCCGCGCAGUACGUCGACCGCACGAAGACCGACCUCGCGCGCUUCCAGUCUGACCUGGACAGCGUCGUGGAGGCGCUGUCUGCGGAACAGCCCCCGGGGGACUCGGCCACGGGCCUCGUCAUGAGUCCCGCGGACACGUCGCCGCUCACGUCGCCGCACACGCCGGGCAGCAGCCGCCCCCCGCUCCCGCCCAUGCCGUCGGACCGCCUCCUGCGGCUAGCGAGCUCGCAGGCCACCGACGUGCCCGGGGACCUCCCGUCGCACCCCCUGGGGUGGAAGAGUGACUCGCGGCGGUCGCUGCGCCCGCACGGGGCCACGCCGCCGCCAUCGCGGGGAGUGUCGUUCGGCGCAGAGUCCGCCCGCAUCGCCAAGACCGACUCGCGGGGGUCGCUGCGCCCGCACGGGGCCACGCCGCCGCCGUCGCGGGGAGUGUCGUUCGGCGCAGAGUCGUCCGCCGGCGCAGUCAAGACCGACUCACGGCGGUCGCUCCGGCCUUCCUUGGCGCCGCCGUCGCCGUCGCGGGGCGUGUCGUUCGGCGCAGAGUCCUCCGCUGCAGGGGGGGGUCCCAACUUCGUGCCCCCCCGGGACAGCCGGGCGCGCAGCAGCGCCGCGGAGAGCGUCGCCGGCGGCACGGGCCUGCAGCGCCACCGGUCCGUGUCGCCGCGCCCCGCAGGCGGGUCCCCGCUCACCAAACACCUCUCCCUCGCGUCCGCGGUGUCGCCGGUGGCGACCGCCCGGCACGACGCCGCCGUCCCCGGCGCCCAAGUCGACAGCCGGAGUCCGUCUCCGUCCACACCGCCGGCGCUGGUGCCGCUGCCCAUCCGCCGCGCGGCCACGAUGGCUCAGUCGCAAGCAGGGAGGAGGCGCAGCCCGCCAGGACUCGGGCGGCAGGGGUCGGUGUCGCCGUCGCCGCCGACGACGCCCCCGAGCGGCCUCGACGUGCGGUCGGCCGUCGCGCUGCACGACAACCCGGUCUACGAGCCCGAGCGGCAGCCUGGGCGGGCGGGGUCGCCGGAGACGCACCGGGGGGGGUUGCAGAGCGGGAUGAUGUCGCUGUCGCUGCGGCAGGCGUCGGCCGUGCACGCGGAGAUCCAGGAGGUGCUCGAGGAGAUGGCGGCCGGCGGGGAGCUGGACACGGUCCACGAGUGA